UCGAGCCGAUCAGCCAAGCCAAGGCAGAGCGAGUGAGCGUUGCAUAGCGAGGGGAAGAGGUGGUUUGCUUCGUUCAGUAUUUUUUUUAUGAACAAAACUACGAAUCACCUCUUCUUUUAAAGAUGUGGACAGAAGUCGGGAAGCUAAUGCUCCUACAUGUGUUACUAUUGGAGCUCCACUCCACCCAAGGGACUCAUACGGAUACGGAUUGUGAAACGGGUCAGUUUCAAUGCAAGAACGGAAGGUGUGUACCUACUCUCUGGAGAUGUGACGAUGACGACGACUGCUCUGAUAACAGCGAUGAAGAAAACUGUCCGAAGAAGACGUGUGCCACCACAGACUUUGCUUGUAAGAAUGGCCAGUGUGUUCCCCAGCGGUGGCGUUGUGACGGUGAGCCGGAGUGUGCUGAUGGAUCAGACGAGGCCGAUGCUACAUGCAGUCGACAGACGUGCCCACCUGAGAAGUUUGACUGUGGGGGGUCAACCAGCAAGUGUGUCUCGUUGUCAUGGAGAUGUGACGGUGAAAGGGACUGUGAGAACGGAGCGGAUGAGAACCAAUGUUCCGCAGACGCCAAUGCCUGCCCCGCCAAGGAGUUCCAGUGCCAUAACAGGAAAUGUGUGGCUCCCAUCUUUGUGUGCGACGGCGACGACGACUGCGGGGAUUGGAGUGAUGAGGAGAAGUGUUCCACUUCCCGCUGUGGCUCCCAGGAGUUCCGCUGUAACGACUCGGAGUGCAUCCCAGCUCUGUGGAGCUGUGAUGGAGACCCUGACUGCAGGGAUAAGUCUGACGAGUCUAUGGAACGUUGUAGGCGCCGGACAGAGCCCCAGAAGCCCCGGUGCUCGGCGGGGGAGUUCCAGUGUGGAAGUGGAGAGUGUGUCCACCUCAACUGGAAGUGUGACGGAGAAGCCGACUGCAAGGACAAAUCUGACGAGGCUGACUGCGCUCUGCUGACCUGCCGUCCAGAUGAGUUCCAGUGUGGUGAUGGGUCCUGUAUCCAUGGAACCAAGCAGUGCAACAGGGUGCACGACUGUCCUGACUUCAGUGAUGAGGCCGGCUGUAUCAACGUCACUAAGUGUGAUGGCCCCAGGAAGUUCAUGUGCAAGAAUGGACAGUGUAUCAACAGCAGCAAGGUGUGUGAUGCCGUCAAAGACUGCAAGGACUGGUCAGAUGAACCUAUGAAGGAGUGUGGUGUGAAUGAGUGCGCAGACAAAAAUGGAGGCUGCUCUCACAUCUGCAGAGACAGGAGGAUUGGCUAUGCGUGUGACUGUCCCUCUGGAUACCAACUAAUGGACAAGAAGACCUGUGAAGACAUAGAUGAGUGUGAAAAGCCUGACUCCUGCAGCCAGAUCUGCAUCAACUACAAAGGAGACUACAAGUGUGAAUGUUAUCAGGGCUAUGAGAUGGACCCCAGCACCAAGACCUGCAAGGCCGUGGGGAAGAGCCCGUACCUGAUGUUUACUAACCGCCAUGAGAUCUGUCGUAUAGACCUGGUGAAGAGAGAAUACAGCCAGGUGGUUCCCACUCUGAAGAACGCUGUAGCCUUGGAUGUGGAUGUCACCACCAACAAGAUGUACUGGUGUGACCUCUACCAGCGCAAGAUCUACAGUGCGUACAUCAACAAGGCCAGUGAUUCGUCGGAGCAGGUGACUCUGAUUGAGACAGCGCUGUCCUCUCCAGAGGGACUGGCUGUUGACUGGGUCCAGAACAACAUCUACUGGACCGACUCCGGAGAUAAGACUAUCUCCGUCGCCACGGGAGAUGGCAAGAAGAGGAAGGUCCUGAUCGACACUGAGCUGAGCGAACCACGGGCCAUCGCUGUGGACCCCCGACAAGGGUUUAUGUACUGGUCUGACUGGGGGACCCAGGCGAAGAUCGAGAAGGCUGGCAUGAACGGAGUGGAUCGCCAAGUACUGGUGUCAGAGAGGAUCGAAUGGCCCAAUGGCAUCACUCUGGACCUAUCCAACAGGCGUCUGUACUGGGUGGACUCCAAGCUGCACCUGCUCUCCAGCAUCGACCUGAACGGUGACAACCGCAAAGUGCUGCUCUUUUCCCAGGACCACCUGGGGCACCCCUUCGCUCUCACUGUCUUCGAGGACCGUGUGUACUGGACAGACCUGGAGGAUGAGGCUAUCUACAGCGCUAACAGGCUAACAGGACACGAUGUGUCUACGCUAGCAGAACACCUCAAUAACCCUCUAGAUGUUGUGGUGUUCCACGAACUACGCCAACCCAAAGCUCCAGACAGCUGUAACAUGGGCAGUCUACCUAACGGGGGCUGUGAGUACCUGUGUCUUAAAGCCCCCCAGAUCACUGACCACUCCCCCAAGUACACCUGUGCCUGCCCGGACGGCAUGGAGCUGGGACCAGGCAUGAGACGAUGUGCCAGAGUCAAACCCAAGACAACCACAUCAGCUCCGACCACAGCCACCAGCACUACCACUAAAACUCCUACCACAACCACCACCUCAGCAACCAUAACUACCAAUCCAACCACAGGUGCUACUAAAACCACCUCCACCACUACAGAACCGACCACAGCCACACGGUCGACCGCAGUUCCUUCGACGUCCUCCCCUCCUCCUCCCCCCAGAACAACAGCUUCGUGGAGGACCCCUCCCUCCACCUCGGGCCCCCGCUCCACUUCCACACCCCCUCUACUGCCCAACAACAUCCAGAGAGAGAACGCUAACCUCUCCCACCACUCUGGGAAUGACCACUACCUCCUGGGUAACAACAUAACAGUGGCGGUUUUGGGUAUAGUGAUUCCUAUAGUGAUCAUCGGCAUGCUCUGCACCGCCGGAUACCUGAUCUGGUGUAACUGGCGCCGGAAGAACACCAAGAGUAUGAACUUCGACAACCCUGUCUACCGUAAGACCACGGAGGACGACGAUGACGAGAUUCACAUCGGUCGUACUGGAGAGUCUAUCGGCCACGUCUACCCCGCUGUGAGUGGCAGCGCUCACCAGCCAUUCCUAGCCCUGCCCCUGGGGGGCGGGAUCACAGACAGCAACUCCCAUUGGUACUCGGGGGCUCCCAUGCAUCCCACCGGCAAAUGAGAUGAGAUGGGGUGGGACUUGGAGAUAGAGAGAGCGUUGGAGUGUGUGGGGGUGGGAGAGUCUCCAAGACAGGGACAGGCUUACAUCCUCACACACACACUUAAGUCACAAAAUCAUUCCAAAAACUUCCUUGGUCAAACACAGAUGUUGAGCCCUUCAUCACCAGCCCACCACCACAUUAUCUUCACCUUCAUUCAUCAUAUAGUCUAUUGGGUCUCUAUCCAUCUCCACAUUCUGUGUUUUGACAGUGUGUGUCACUGUGUUGUCGUUGUGCGUUAGGGAGGCACAGCGUCCUCGGUUGUAGCUUUACUCUCUCCUCUAUGAAGACUUAGUGAAGGGAGCGUCAAACCUGCUCAUUCCCCUUUGGAGUGUAAAUUAGGCAAAAGGGGAACAGUAACCAGAACAGAAACAGCACCUUAGAUGACAGGACAAUCUUUAAUCAUAUUCAUUUAUUCCUGAUUAUUCUUGUUUUUAAUGAUAUAUUUCUCUGCAUGAGCGUUUAGUUUUUCUAGCAGUGUACUUGUAAGGUAUCUUAAACAGAGAUCUGCUGGUAAACAUGAACAAGACAGCGGUGGGAGGGGUUAGCGCUGGGAUCAGUUUGCAUGGUGACACGCAUUGCUGUCGUGGCGUGGUAGAACAGAGGGAGAGAGGGGUGGGACUCUGGCUACAUGAUAGUUUAUACACACACACACACCUGGUAUGCUACAGUGCUGUGCUGAGAGGUCAUGUUGAAUACCACCUCCUCUUAAGAAUGGGUAGUGGGGGAGGAAACAAGAUUCCACCUGGGCUUUCCCUCUUCUCCUCUCUCCUCUCCUAUCUCCUCUUCUCCUUUCCUGUUUUCUCCUCUCUUCUCCCCUCCAUCCUCUCUCCUCCUCUCCUCUCUUCAUGGUGUUUCAGUUAGAUAGAGACAUCAGAAUGUCCUGAGGUGGAUCUCUGUACGCCCUUGCAGCUCUCCCCACAUCACUGCCAAAUCAGUGUGCUGAGGAUAGAGGGAUGAGAGGAGGAGUGGGAUCUGCAUUAAGGAGAGCUUCUCUCUUUUGCCCUGUCUCUAUGUUGCUCUCUUUCUCUCACUUUUAGUUCUCUCCCUCUUUAUCUUUCUGGUCCUCUCUGUCUCAGUCUCCCUUUCAGCUCUCCUUCAAACACACACUGACACACAGACAGACACACACACACUGACACACAAACACUGUGGUAACGUUGUUUUAUCUGCUCUCUGCAGCGCGUGGCGCUCAGUCUGGAAGAUGACGGACUCCCCUGAGGGGCACGCCGUGUCUCCGCCCCGUCCCUCCAUAUCCCGGGGUGACCACACUGCAGAGCGAGGGGGGCACAGAGAGAGAGAGUGAAAGAGAACCUGCUCAUACAGUACCCUAACCCCCCAAGGACGGGGGGGGGGUAUAUUUUACUUAUACGUGUACCCCCCAACUCGUGUCUCUAAAACACAUCCUCUCUCUCUCUUACACCUAACUGUAAUGUCCUACUACUUUACUACUAGUUACUACUGCGCUGUCCUCUGCUCUUCUCUUAGCCCCUCGUUAGUUAGUUAGGUAGUUCCUGUAGUUAGAUGUAGUGCUGAAUGCUACUGUAUGUCUUACUGAUGACUAACCUCAUUGCCCAUCAGUGCACAUGUAAAUAGAGGCUGGUUCUCCCUGAUUGGACUACUGUACUGUGCCAGCAACAGGGGAAUGGCCAGCUGUAUUUAAUUAUUAUUUUGUUUUGACUUUAUUUAUUGUUUGUGUUUGCUGGUGAAAAUAUGAUCGGGCCAGGCCUGUGCCACUGAGGAUAGGCUACGCAUGGCUAGAGCCAAGUGGA